UCUUACCAUUACUUGAAGAGGACUGACGAACACCGUUCUGAAUCUGAGAAGCUAAUGGACUUCAUCCGCGUGAGGACAGUUAAAUAACUGAAAUCAGUGGAAGAACUGAAAUCACCGGGACUCUCGCGCCCCGUCUUCGUCUGAGACACACACACAUACACACACACACACACACACACACACACACACUGGAACUGAUACGGGAUGCGCUACGUGAAUCUGUCCGGAGAGACUCUGCGUGGAUUUUAAACCGACAUGGUAUGUUUGAGUGAUACGGAGACCGUCCGGUAAAUUCCUGACGGGAAGAAUUAAAGAUUUCACACGCGCGCGGGAGUGAAAACGAUCGCACGCGUAACUGUUGCUGUCAACGGCUGAGGGGAAAUGGAGAAAUGAAAUAACUCAAAUAAGCUGUGUGGCUUGGCAGUAGCCAGUAACUGAAGAUGAGGAGGCGCUGGUGGCUAUUGGGCAGUCUGGGGUCUGUGAUUUGCCUGUUUGUUAUCUUCACCCAAAUCUCAGCUCAAAACACUGAGGACUGGCACUAUGAGGAGUGUAAGUUGUCUCGGACGGGUCCACCUGCCACUAUCGUCACCAUCGAUGAGGAGAGUCCAAACGGUACAGUUCUGGUGGAAAACAUGCAGAUCAACGGUCGUGCUCAGGAUCCAUACAGAACCAUCUCUUUGACACUACUGGACAACUAUGAUUACUGGGUUAUCCUUGACCCUACACUGCAAAGACUGUAUCUCAACAGCACUGGACGAGUGCUCGACAGAGACCCGCCCAGUUCCAUCACCAGUAUCGUUGUUCAGGUUCAGUGCACCAAUGAGCUGGUGGGGGCAAUUAUUUUGCAUGAAGUACGGAUAGUGGUGAGGGACAGAAAUGACAACAUCCCUCGUUUCCAGCAGCCUGGAUACUAUGUAUCAGUUAAUGAGCUCACUCCAAUUGGUACCACCAUCUUCACUGGAUUCUCAGGAAACAAUGGAGCCAUGGACAUCGAUGAUGGACCCAAUGGACAGAUUGAAUAUGCCAUUCAGUACAACCCAAAUGACCCGGUGUCAAACAGGACUGUACGGGUUGCUGGGACUCUGUCUGGUAACAUUAUUUUGGCAGAGAGAUUGAACUAUGAGGAGAGAACUCGCUAUCUAAUUAUAGUCCAGGCCAAUGAUCGGGCUCCGUUUCCUGGAAGUCGUCGCACAGCAACCACCACUCUAACCCUGGAUGUUUUGGAUGGAGACGAUCUGGGUCCCAUGUUCCUUCCAUGUGUUCUGGUCAACAAUACUCACAACUGUAACCCCAUCACGUACCGCGUGGCCAUUCCUGAGCUCACAGACCCUAGCAAACUGAAUCCUCUGAAUGUGACUCCUCCUAUUCGAGCUGUUGACCAAGACAGAAACAUCCAGCCACCCUCAGACAGACCUGGAAUCCUAUUCUUCAUACUGGUUGGGCAACCAGCUGCUUACCCAGAAUUCUUCUCACUUAACAAGAGCACAGCAGAGCUUCGGCUGCUCAAACCUGUGGACAGAGAGCUAUACCAGCGCUUUACUCUUGUUAUUAAGGCCGAGCAGGAUAACGGUCACCCUCUCCCUGCAUUCGCUGACCUACAGAUCGAAAUUUUGGACGAGAACAACCAGGCACCAUAUUUCCAGCAGCCCUCAUACCAGGGCUUCAUCAGUGAGUCUGCCCCUGUUGGCACCACUAUUUCAGGGAAUGCCAACUUCACAGCCCCGUUGGGCAUCAUAGCACUGGAUAAUGACAUAGAAGAGACCAAAGAUCCUCAGUUGAAGAUUACUCUGAAUGACUACACCUCCAUCUUUACCAUCACGUCUACUGGCAUCACACGGUACCUCUCCCUGCUGAAACCAGUGGACAGAGAAAGACAGACGAACUACACAUUUACGCUGGUGGUAUCUGAUGGUGUUCAGCAAAGCAGACCUGUGACUGUGGACAUCGUGGUCAUCGAUGCGAAUGACAACACGCCCAUCUUCUCUCAGAUGUCCUAUAGUAUGGAGGUCUUCACUAAUAUGCUACCUGGAGAGACAGUCCUACAGCUGACUGCUCAGGACGCUGAUGCUGGUUUAAAUGGACUGAUCACAUACUCUAUCCUUGCUGGAGAUCAGGGCGAUUUCAUCAUCAAUAACCGCACAGGUCGAAUCACGUUAGCACCAGGGGUCAUGCUUGUCGUUGGUCAUUCCUACGCGCUUACCGUUAGAGCAUCAGACAACGCUCCAGACCCAGACAGGAGGAGCUCCAUAACUACGGUCUACAUUGAAGUUCUCCCGCCCAACAAUCAGAGUCCCCCACGAUUCCCCCUGCAGAUCUACAACCUGGAGAUCAGUGAGGCCAUGAGGAUAGGAGCCAUACUGCAAAACCUGCAGGCUACAGACCGUGAGUUAGAUCCCAUCACCUACCGAAUAGAGACCGGUGACCCACAGCAGGUCUUCAAUCUCUCACGAACUAUAGGUCUUCUGCUGCUGGCCAAACCUCUGGAUAGAGAGACUACUGACCAGUAUCGCCUUAUUGUCACUGCAUCCGACGGCCACCCAGGAGGGACUUCCACUGCCACAGUCAGUAUUGUUGUCACAGACGUUAAUGACAACGACCCCACCUUUGACCUCACACUAUCCAGAAACCUGACAGUGAAGGAAGAAGAGGCCAAUGUGUUUGUUGGUCAAGUCAGAGCCACUGAUGCUGACGCCGGGCUCAAUGGUGAGGUCCGGUACCGGCUGCUGUCCUUUGCAUCUCUGUUCACCAUAAACGCCACGGGCAGCAUCUUCACGGCAGUGCCGUUGGACCGGGAGAUGCGGAGCUGGUACAAUCUGAUCGUGGAGGUGUCUGAUGGGGCAGUGGACCCCCGCAGGACCACCAUCACGCUGCUGGUGGAGGUAACCGACAUCAAUGACAACAGCCCAGUGUUUUCCCAGCCCACUUACACAGUGAACGUUCCAGAGAACACCCCAGCCGGAACCAUCAUUCUGAGACUGAGCGCGGUGGAUGCUGAUCUCAUCUCUAACGUGACCUACAGAAUAAAAACGGAAGCGGCUCGGCAGCUCUUUGCCGUGAAUCGGCUGACCGGCGCCGUAUCGGUGCUGCAAGCAUUGGACUUUGAGGACUUGGCAGCAGGGAACAGCACCUACACCUUUGAAGUGGAGGCAUUAGAUCACGGUGGAGUUCUACCACCUGGCACGGCAACAGUCAUCGUUAGGAUCACGGAUAUGAAUGAUUUCUCUCCAGUCUUCAGUCAGGCACUAUAUAAAGGGAUGGUGGCUCCAAACGCAGAGAAGGGGACUGUCAUCGCAACUGUGUUUGCAGAAGAUCAGGACCCUCCCGGUACAGCCGCCAGUAAAGUGCGCUACACAGUGGACCAGGAGCUGUCUCCAUACAGUGGCAGUAUCUUUGAUGUAGAGAUGAACACAGGCAGAGUUAUCACCAAAGUCAACCUGAACGAAGAGCCUAAUGCCAUUUUCAAAUUGGUGGUGAUCGCCUAUGAUGAUGGAGAACCAGUGAAGAUGAAUAGAACCACAGUGGAAAUCACAGUUCUCCAGCCCUCCAGGAUUCCCAUCUUCACCCAGGAGGAGUACAGGUUUAGUCCAGUGAGUGAGAACGCUCCUAUUGGAACACCUGUGGGACUGAUUCUGGCUGCAGCCGUCAACACCACUGUCUUUUACUCCAUAGUGGAUGGAAAUCAGGGAGGUGUAUUCAAAGUCAAUAACCGCACAGGGAUUAUCUACACAAAUAAAACACUGGACUAUGAAAAGGUGAUCAGUUACGUGCUCCGGGUUCAGGCCGACUCCCUCGCCAUCAUCCUCGCCAACCUACGCGUUCCCUCCAAAACAAACACAGCAAAGGUUUUCAUCGACGUUGAAGAUGAAAACGAUCAUCCACCUGUCUUCACAAGGUCUCUUUACAUCGGAGGAGUGACAGAAGACACUAAGACAUUCACCACAGUCCUGAAAAUUGUGGCUACAGAUAUUGACACAGGAAACUACAGUAAGAUGGCCUACAGACUGAUCAUCCCUCCCACGGCAGAAGGGCAGGACAGUUUCGUUAUUGAGCCGUACACUGGUGUUAUCAAGAGCGCCAUCAUGUUCCGAAACAUGCGCCGAUCCUACUUCAAGUUUGAGGUCAUCGCUACAGACAACUACGGUCAGGGACUGAGCAGCAGAGCAGAUGUAGUGGUGUCAGUUGUGAAUGCGUUGGACAUGCAGGUUGUGGUAUCCAAUGUUCCACCCACAGUGGUGGAGGAGAACAAGGAGCAGUUGAUAAGUAUUUUGGAACGCUAUGUGCAAGAUCAGAUCCCUGGUGCUAAAGUGAUAGUGGAAUCGAUUGGCCCACGGCGGCACGGAGAGGGAUAUGAACUGGAGGACUACUCCAAAUCAGACCUGCAGGUCUACGCCAUCGACCCUCUUACCAACAGAGCCAUCUCCAGACAAGAGCUCUUCAAAUUUCUGGAUGGAAAGAUUCUGGACAUCAACAAAGAGUUCCAGCCAUACCUGGGUGAGGGCGGACGGAUUCUGGAGAUCCGUUCUCCUGACAUUGUGGCAAGUGUGAAGAAGGCUGCACAGGCAGUGGGCUACACAGAGGGGGCGCUGUUGGCACUGGCCAUUAUCAUCAUCCUGUGCUGCAUUCCUGCUAUUCUCAUCAUCAUGGUGACGUACAAACAAUUCAAAGAGAGGCAGGCAGAGUGUGCCAAAACCGCCCGUAUCCAGAUGGCACUACCUGCUGGCAAAACAACAGCAGCCCCUCGGACCAAUCUCUAUGAGGAGCUGGGAGAGAGCGGCAUGCGCGGCAUGGGCAGACAGCAGCAGCUGUUGAGACCCUCUCUGCUCCGGCCUGAGGCUCUCUCCAUGGAAUCAGGUAUCGACCCUGGACAAGACUACUAUAGCUACGAUCAAGGAUAUGAACCAUAUCCACCCUAUGGCAGCCGCAGGAGGCUGAUCACACCCAUGUAUGAUGAGUACGGAGAGGCCAUCGUGGAGGAUGAUAGUUAUUACUAUGGUGGACCAGAGGUUCGGGGAAGAGGGAGAGGUGGGCGAGGGAGAGGUCGUGGGCAUGGCAAAAGUGUGGGAUUCCAAGAUUUCCCACCAGAGGAUGAGAUUGAACCUGAGGCAGAGCCUGAGCUUUCUGCUGAGGAGCCAGUAGAGGCUGAACCUGAAGAAUCCAAAGCGACAAAGAGGCUGAGAUCUGUCAUGAAGCUCAGCAAGCUGCUUGCUGCUGGGAAGAAAGUUGAACAACCAUACACCUCCCCAUGGAAGAAGGCCAAGAUCUUCCCAAUGAUGUUUGGGAAGGGGAAGAAAGACAAAGAUUAUGCUAAGCUGACAUCUGCACGCCGUAUUGACAGUCAAGAGAGCCUGAGUGGUGGGCAGAGUCCAAGUGGUUCCAUUGAUGGCACAUCCUCGGCUAGGAGUCGACUUGGGAAAGUCCUGAAACGUAUUAAUCUGGCAAAUAAACUCAAAGCUAGAAGGAAAUCACAGAGUAGCAUCAGUCGAAGUUCUGUUAGCGAGAAGGAUGAAUCAGCGGAGUCAGAGAGGGAAGAGAGGAAAUCAAAAGUGUCCAUCAGUGUCAGUGAGCCAGAGGCCAGUGGGAGUGCAUCAGAGGCAGAAAGCCGAAAGAAGAGCUUAGAUGAGGACGAAUCAUCUGAGAGGAGCAGUUUAGCAGCAUCUACUGAAGAUAAGGACUAUCUGAAAGUGGAUCUGGACCGAGAUGAUGCCAACGAAAGCACAGUAGAUUCUGAAUCAGAGCCAGAAGAACCAGACGAGUCUGAUGCGGAGAGUAAAUCUAAAUCUGAAACCGAGAAGUCAGGAACUGAAAAAGAUUCUGAGGCAGAAGAAUCCGAAACAGAGAAAGGGUCAGACUCAGAGGAAGAAUCUGGCUUGGAGGGAGAGUCUGGGUCUGGAAAGACCUCAGGAACAGAAAAAUCUGGAACUGAAAAAUCAGGAACCGAAGAAGAGUCGAGUGCUGAGAAGAGCUCUGCCACCGAAAAGGAGUCAGAUGAAGAAUCAGAAGAAGAGGAAUCAAAAGGAACAGAAGUGUCGGGAUCAGGUUCGGAGCCAUCUUCUGCUCACUCUUCAAUGAAAUCCUCUCGCACUGGGGGAUCCUCAGAGCACUCUAGUGCAGGAACGCAAAGCAGUAGAAGUGGGAGUGUUUCUGGUAGUGCUAGUGGUACUCCGAGUGGCAGUGGAUCAGGUGGCAGCACUGUAGGGUCUUCCGCCCGGUCUUCUGUAAGGUCCUCAAAAGAGCCAUUGUCCAGUGAGGAGAGCAGUGCCAAGAGAGGGUCAGGGAGUUUGAGGCCCAGCGACUCUGAAGAGGCAUCUGAGACAGAAAAUAGCGAAUCUGCGGUGUCGGAUGAUGCAGGAUCAGAUGCUGUUUCAGUGUCUGGCAGCGAGAGAAGUUCCACAAGCUCUAGAUCUGCAGGAGGAAGUCACCGCUCUCGCAAGAGCAUCAUUACCCGAUCGUCCCAGGACAUCAUCGAGGAGGAGAGUGAGGAGGAGGAAGAAGAGGGUUCUGAAGAGGAGGAGGAUGAUGAAGCUGCAGAGGAGAGCAGGGAGUCAACCAGUGAGCUGAGUGAUGGAUCAGUGUCACAGAGGUCAAGUGUACCAGGAAGUGGAGGAGUUCCAAGCCCAUAUGUCACGGAAAGCAGUGUCACAGAGAGCUCAGAUGAAGCAUUUGGAGGCCUCUCACCCAUCACAGAGGUGGAUGAGGAUGCCAUAACCUCAGGCAGCGCCUCAGCAUCUGAGAGUGGCUCUGUGCGUUUCUCACAACAGUCUGGAACCGGAGGAACUACGGAGGAAAUAGAUGCAGAUUCUGAGUCUGGAGAUUCCACAGCUUUCUAAAAACACAAGGAGUGGUCAAAGCCAAGCUAUCAAAAAAAAGAGGAUCAAACUGGUAUUAGAUGGAGAGGAUGACACAACUUCCACAGGAGAGGACAGUGGACCGGACAUCCUACGGAAUCGUAUACCCAAUGUCAGCAGCAACGGGUCAGUGUACCUUGCCCA